AUGGCCACCACCCACAUUCUGAAGCGCGAGGGCGUCCUCCCCACUGAGGCUGAGCUCCUGGUCGACCGUGCCCUCCAGGAUCUCGAGGCUCACUCUCCCGAGCUGAAGAAGGACCUGCGUCCCAUCCAGAUCACAUCGGUCAAGGAGAUCGAGGUUUCGGCCGGCCGCAAGGCGAUCGUCAUCUUUGUCCCUGUGCCCCUGCUCAAGGCCGUGCACAAGGUCCAGCAGCGUGUGACCCGCGAGCUCGAGAAGAAGUUCUCUGACCGCCAGGUGCUUUUCAUUGCCCAGCGUCGCAUCAUCAAGAAGCCCGCCCGCGUCAACCGCGCCAAGCAGCCCCGCCCCAUGUCGCGCACUCUGGCCGUUGUCCACGACCGGAUCCUCGACGACCUGGUCUACCCCACCGAGAUCGUCGGCAAGCGCACCCGCGUUAAGGUCGAUGGCUCCAAGACCAUCAAGGUCUUCCUGGACUCCAAGGAUGCCACCAGCCUCGAGUACAAGCUCGACACCUUCUCGGCUGUCUACAAGCGUCUGACCGGCAAGGAUGUUGCUUUCGAGUUCCCCGCUGAGCAGGCUUUCUAA